GGACUUUCUCACUUGCAGAGUAGAGUCUGCUAUCACACUGUUGUGACUGUCCCCAGCUGCUGCCAGAAGGAAAUCAAGGACAUUCCAUCAUUGAAACUCACUGGCUAUCGUUUGGACAAAACAUCUGGCUUAGCUUUUGUGACUGCCCCAGUAAAGUCAAGGAACAUGGAAAGAAUGGUAGAACUGAAGUACAUGUCAGGAUUUGGUAACGAGUUUAACUCUGAAGAUCCACGCUGCCCUGGAGCCUUACCAGAAGGACAGAAUAACCCUCAGAUUUGCCCAUAUGGUCUGUAUGCGGAGCAGCUCUCAGGGUCAGCAUUCACCUGCCCACGACCCACCAAUAGGAGAAGCUGGCUGUACAGAAUUCUGCCUUCUGUUUGCCACAGGCCCUUUCAGCCUGUGGAUCAGGGCUACUUGACACACAACUGGGAUGAAAAUGAGCCUGACCCCAAUCAGCUGCGAUGGAAACCUUUUGAGAUCCCCAAAACCUCUCAGAGAAAGCUGGACUUUGUAACUGGAUUGCACACUUUGUGUGGUGCUGGUGAGCCCAAGUCUCGAAAUGGUCUGGCAAUCCAUGUCUUUACCUGUAACACCUCCAUGAUUAACAGAUGCUUUUAUAAUUCUGAUGGAGACUUUCUGAUUGUGCCGCAGCAAGGGACAUUGCUCAUCACUACAGAGUUUGGCAAGCUGCUGGUGGAGCCCAAUGAGAUCUGUGUUAUUCAGGAAGGGAUGCAUUUCAGUGUAGAAGUGUUUGGGGAAACUCGAGGCUAUAUCCUGGAGAUAUAUGGUGUACACUUUGAGCUGCCGGACCUGGGACCUAUUGGAGCCAAUGGCUUGGCUAACCCACGAGAUUUCCUUGUGCCAGUUGCCUGGUAUGAAGAUCGCCAAGUAGCUGAGGAUUACACGGUUGUCAACAAGUACCAGGGAAAACUCUUUGCAGCACAACAGAGCUGCUCUCCAUUCAAUGUUGUGGCCUGGCACGGGAACUACACACCAUACAAGUAUAAUCUCAGCAAUUUCAUGGUUGUUAAUUCUGUGGCUUUUGACCAUGCGGAUCCUUCUAUCUUCACUGUCUUGACAGCAAAGUCAACUCGUCCUGGAGUGGCAGUUGCUGAUUUUGUUAUAUUCCCACCUCGCUGGGCAGUGGCCAGCAACACUUUCCGUCCACCUUAUUACCACAGGAACUGCAUGAGUGAGUUUAUGGGCCUGAUCAAAGGGAGUUAUGAGGCAAAGGAACAAGGAUUUCUUCCUGGAGGGGCCACUCUGCACAGCAUGAUGACACCCCAUGGGCCAGAUGCCAGCUGUUUUGAGAAGGCCAGCACAACCAAGUUGGAGCCCGAAAGGGUUGCAGAGGGGACUAUGGCCUUCAUGUUUGAGUCUUCUUUCAGCUUGGCUGUCACCAAAUGGGCACUGAAAACCUGCCUAGAUAAGACCUACUACAAGUGUUGGGAAUCUCUGAAGAGCCAUUUCAAUCUGAAGCACAACUGAAGAGUCCAGAUGUGUAAUCGCUUAUAUUUUUCCUGCCUGUGUAAUUAAAGGCAACUGUGUGACUGUUAAGAGACUAGUGUCUUGGUCCAUCUUACAUGCAGAAACUUAUGAGCAGCUGACAAGAUGAAUGACUAGUAAUGAUCAAACAAUAAAACUACCACUAAUUUUAAUUGAACAAUUAAAACAAAUUUAAGAAUGGAAACGCCUGCAAACCUUCCAGUGGGUAAAACUGUAGUCACCAACAUAACAUUUCUAUGCUUCUUUGGAUAAUAUUUUUUAUGUUACCUAAUAUUAUUUGAACUCCAAUUAACAUUAAACUGUUUGCGUUAACUGGAUUGAUCUUCCUUACAAAAAUAAUCAAGAAGUAUGCCACAGGUAGUUUAUUUUUUUUUUUAAUAAUUUUUAUUCAAAUUUUUCAAAAGACAAACAAAACAAAGUCAAAAAACAUAACAAUACAACAAAAAAAAAUAAAAAUAAAAUAGUUGACUUCCGAUUUGUCGCAGAUCAGCUAUAAGUAUAUAAUAUACAUCAAACCUGUCCCUUAAUGUAUACAUACAAGAUCACUUUUCUCCAUAGGCUGUCUUAGUUAAUCGUCAAAUCCCAAUAUCAUCAUUUUAUUUUGAUCUUUCAACAAAAAGUCUAAGAGAGGCUUCCAUUCCUUAAGAAAUGUAUCUGUCGAUUUUUCUCUAAGUAGACAUGUCCAUUUAUCCAUUUCUACUAAGUCCAUUAAUUUCAAUAGCCAUUCUUCCGUUGUUGGUGUUGAUUCCAUUUUCCACUUUUGUGCAUAUAAUAAUCUUGCUGCCGUAAUCAUAUAUAAUAUUAUUCUUCCAUAUUUCUUUUCUAUUUGUUUAUCCAUAAAACCCAAUAAAAAAAAUUCUGGUUUUGACUGAAUAUUUAUCUUUAGAAUUUUUUGCAUCUUUCUACCUAUUUGUGCCCAAAAUGAUUUUGCCUUUUUACACAGCCACCACAUAUGAUAAAAUGAUCCUUCUUGUUGUUUACAUUUCCAACAAACAUUAGAAACAUUACUAUACAUUUUUGACAACUUUUCUGGAGUCAUGUACCAACGGUACAUCAUUUUAUAGAAAUUUUCUUUAAGAUUAUAGCAUAGUGUAAAUCUCAAGCCUUUUUUCCACAUAUUUUCCCAUUGAUCCAUUUGUAUGUUAUAACCAAAAUUUUUUGCCCACUUUACCAUACACUCUUUUACUUGUUCUUCCUCCAUAUCCAUUUUCAGUAAGAGUUUAUACAUUUUCGCAAUUAUAUUUUCAUCAUUUGUACACAAUCCUAUUUCAAAAUCAGAUUUACUUAUUUCAAACCCAUACAUUUUCUUGUCCAUUUUAUAUCUUUCUAACAAUUGUAAAUAGGCAAACCAUUGAGAACUAUAUCCUUCCUUUGUCAGUUGUUCUCUCUCUUUCAUUAUAUAUUCUCCAUGUACAUUUUCUAAUAGUUCUUGAUAAGUUAACCAUUUCUCUUUUCCAGCCAUUUCUCUUCUGUAAAACGCUUCUUGACUUGAGACACAUAAUGGUAUUUUCGAAUAAAACCUUGAUUUAUAUCUAUUCCAUAUUUUCAACAGAGGACGUCUUAUAAAAUGAUUGUUAAAGUCUACAUUUACUUUUACUUUGUCAUACCAUAGAUAUCCAUGCCAUCCCCACUUCAAAUUAUGGCCCUCCAAAUCCAAUAGUCUUUUAUUCCUCAAUAAGAUCCAUUCCUUUAUCCAGACUAGACAGCAGGCAGCAAAAUAAAGUCUCAGAUUUGGUAAUCCCAGUCCUCCUCUUUCUUUGGCAUCUUGUAGUAGUUUAAAUUUAACUCUUGGUUUUUUUCCUUGCCAUACAAAUUUAGAGAUAUCUUUUUGCCAUUGUUUAAAAGGUAAAUCAGAGGAUAUUACAGGUAUUGUUUGAAACAAAAACAUCAUUCUCGGUAAUACAUUCAUUUUUAUCACAGAUAUUCUACCCAUUAAUGACAAUUGUAGUUUAUCCCAUUUUAGCAAAUCUUUCUUAAUCUCUGUCCAUAAUUUUUCAUAAUUAUUAUGAAACAACUUUGAAUUUUUAUUUGUCAUAAUGAUACCUAAAUAUUUCAACUUUUUCUCUAUUGUAAAAUCUGUCUUGUCCAUUAACUCCUUCUGUUCCCUUAAAGUUAAAUUUUUCACCAACAUCUUUGUUUUUUGAUUGUUGAUCUUAAAUCCUGCUAACGGUCCAAAUUCUUUUAAUUUGUCCAUCAAUACAUUAAUUCCUUCCAAAGGGUUUUCUAGUACAAUUAUCAAAUCAUCAGCAAAUGCUCUCAAUUUAUAUUCUUCUUUUUUUAUCUUUAAUCCCGAAAUCCUUUUAUCUUGCCUUAUAUCUCUAAGCAGCACUUCUAAGACCAGAAUAAAUAAAAGGGGAGAUAAUGGACAUCCCUGUCUUGUACCCUUUUGUAUUUCACAUGAAUCCGUUAAAUCUCCGUUAACAAUUAUCUGAGCCUUCUGAGAUGUAUAAAUCGAUCUAAUCCAUUUUAUAAAAUUGUCUCCAAAAUCCAUUUGCUCCAAAACCUGGAACAUAAAUUUCCAAUUCAAAUUAUCAAAUGCUUUUUCAGCAUCUAAAAAAAUCAAAGCUGCUUGUUUAUCAUUUCGUUGUUCUAAAUAUUCCAACACAUUCAAGACAUUCCUGACGUUGUCAUGUAAUUGUCUUUUAGGUAAAAACCCUGAUUGAUCUUCCUGGAUAAAUUGUUGCAAUAUUAUUUUCAAUCUUUCUGCCAAGAUCAUUGUAAAAAUUUUAUAGUCAUUAUUCAAUAGAGAUAUUGGCCGAUAAUUUUUUGUUUUAGUUAAAUCUUGCUCCUCUUUAGGUAUUAAUGUUAUGUUAGCAUUUUUCCAACUAUCCAGUAUCUUUCCCUCUUGCAGAAUAAAAUUCAUUGUAUACUGUAAAGGUAGCAAGAGUUCUUCCUCCAAACAUUUAUAAUACAUUGCAGAUAACCCAUCUGGUCCUGGCGCCUUUCCUAAUUUAAUUUUGUUUAUAGCUUCAGAUAUCUCUCUUGACGUAAUAGGGCCAUUAAUAGCUUGUCUCUGAAAAGGAAGUAUGCCACAGGUAGUUUAAAUGCUUUAUUUUUUAUUGCGUUUUAAAAGAUGUGACCAACAUAACAGUUUUGCAACCUCAAGAAUUUAUCUGUAAUUUCGACAACUGUAUUAUGUAAAAAUAUGAUUAAUAAAAAACUCCAUCUGCA